GAGUAUCCGCUGCUUGAGGAACAUCAUCCACUGGAACCUGAUCACAGCUUUCAUCCUGAGGAAUGCCACUUGGUUCGUCGUACAGCUCACCAUGAACCCAGAGGUGCACGAGAGCAAUGUGGUGAGUACAGGGAAGUUAAAUGUACAUCUAUUUCAGGCCACUUUAUAUGCAAUAUACAAAUACAUACAGGUAACUGCCAUAAUAAAGGAAACACCAACAUAAAGUGUCUUAAUAGGGCACCAUCACGAGCCGUCAGAACAGCUUCAACGUGCCUUGGUAUAGAUUCUGCAAGUGUCUGGAACUCUAUUGAGACUGUUUUGUUGAUGGUGGUGCGAAACGCUGUCUCAGACGCUGCUCCAGAAUCUCCCAUAAGUGUUAAAAUCUGGUGACUGAGACGACCAUGGCAUAUGGUAAACAUCAUUUUCGUGCCCAUCAAACCAUUCAGUAACCACUCUUCCCCUGUGAAUGGGGGCAUUGUCAUCCUGGAAGAGACCACUCCCAUCAGGAUAGAAAUGAUUAAUCAUAGAUUGAAGGUGAUCACUCAGAAUGGCUGUGUAUUUAUUGGUGUUUACCUUGCCCUCUAAGGGGUUGAGUGGACUUGCCAGGAAAAUGCACCCCACACCAUAACAGCUCAAAUGACUCAAACAACUCAAGUGUUUCCUUUAUUUUGGCAUGGUUUUACCUGUAUAUACAGUGGGGGAAAAAAGUAUUUAGUCAGCCACCAAUUGUGCAAGUUCUCCCACUUAAAAAGAUGAGAGAGGCCUGUAAUUUUCAUCAUAGGUACACGUCAACUAUGACAGACAAAAUGAGAAAAAAAAUUCCAGAAAAUCACAUUGUAGGAUUUUUAAUGAAUUUAUUUGCAAAUUAUGGUGGAAAAUAAGUAUUUGGUCAAUAACAAAAGUUUCUCAAUACUUUGUUAUAUACCCUUUGUUGGCAAUGACACAGGUCAAACGUUUUCUGUAAGUCUUCACAAGGUUUUCACACACUGUUGCUGGUAUUUUGGCCCAGUCCUCCAUGCAGAUCUCCUCUAGAGCAGUGAUGUUUUGGGGCUGUCGCUGGGCAACACAGACUUUCAACUCCCUCCAAAGAUUUUCUAUGGGGUUGAGAUCUGGAGACUGGCUAGGCCACUCCAGGACCUUGAAAUGCUUCUUACGAAGCCACUCCUUCAUUGCCCGGGCGGUGUGUUUGGGAUCAUUGUCAUGCUGAAAGACACAGCCACGUUUCAUCUUCAAUGCCCUUGCUGAUGGAAGGAGGUUUUCACUCAAAAUCUCACGAUACAUGGCCCCAUUCAUUCUUUCCUUUACACGGAUCAGUCGACAUGGUCCCUUUGCAGAAAAACUGCCCCAAAGCAUGAUGUUUCCACCCCCAUGCUUCACAGUAGGUAUGGUGUUCUUUGUCCUCCAAACACGACGAGUUGAGUUUUUACCAAAAAGUUCUAUUUUGGUUUCAUCUGACCAUAUGACAUUCUCCCAAUCCACUUCUGGAUCAUCCAAAUGCACUCUAGCAAUCUUCAGACGGGCCUGGACAUGUACUGGCUUAAGCAGGGGGACACGUCAGGCACAGCAGGAUUUGAGUCCCUGGCGGCGUAGUGUGUUACUGAUGGUAGGCUUUGUUACUUUGGUCCCAGCUCUCUGCGGGUCAUUCACUAGGUCCCCCCGUGUGGUUCUGGGAUUUUUGCUCACCGUUCUUGUGAUCAUUUUGACCCCACGGGGUGAGAUCUUGCGUGGAGCCCCAGAUCAAGGGAGAUUAUCAGUGGUCUUGUAUGUCUUCCAUUUCCUAAUAAUUGCUCCCACAGUUGAUUUCUUCAAACCAAGCUGCUUACCUAUUGCAGAUUCAGUCUUCCCAGCCUGGUGCAGGUCUACAAUUUUGUUUCUGGUGUCCUUUGACAGCUCUUUGGUCUUGGCCAUAGUGGAGUUUGGAGUGUGACUGUUUGAGGUUGUGGACAGGUGUCUUUUAUACUGAUAACAAGUUCAAACAGGUGCCAUUAAUACAGGUAACGAGUGGAGAACAGAGGAGCCUCUUAAAGAAGAAGUUACAGGUCUGUGAGAGCCAGAAAUCUUGCUUGUUUGUAGGUGACCAAAUACUUAUUUUCCACCAUAAUUUGCUAAUAAAUUCAUUAAAAAUCCUACAAUGUGAUUUUCUGGAUUGUUCUUUCUCAAUUUGUCUGUCAUAGUUGACGUGUACCUAUGAUGAAAAUUACAGGCCUCUCUCAUCUUUUUAAGUGGGAGAACUUGCACAAUUGGUGGCUGACUAAAUACUUUUUUUCCCCACUGUAGUUUGCUGUGAUACACUGUGAUGCAAACACAGAAGGGCAAUAAAUUCAUGCAGAUAUGGAAGCACACACACACAUUUUGACACCCACACACCCACACAAAAAUCCCCACCUCUCCUUCUAUUACUUUCCCUCUCUCUCCAGGCUCACUAAUGAACACACACAUGCACACACACACACACACUUUCACUCAUCCAUCUUUUUCCCCUUUCCGAUCAAAUUGGAUUGCAGUUUCCCAGCUACAAUUUCCAAAACAUCUCCAGGGUCCGGGCGCACACACACACACACACACAAACACACAUUCACACACACACUCCUAACUAACUAAGAGGCAUUGGAGUACCAUCAUGUCAUCCUGGUUCACUGUUAAUUGCCCCUCAGCUCGCCUGCCUCUUGACGUUAUUGCUUGUGCAAACAUCCCUCACCUCAGAGAAGAGAAGACGCUCCCUUUCCUUUCCAGCUCUUUCAAUUAGCCUCUGCCACUACUUUACUAAUUAGCUCAUUAUCCCCUCCGCCCCCCCCCCCCCCAGCCCUCAGAAAUUAAUGAAUCCAACCCCCACUGUCAAUAUCUGACCUAAGAAGACAAACUGAGCGCGCUCAAAGCGACCCAGUCAGUUAGCCCUCCUCCUCCACCUCUUCUUCUUCCAUUCUGAGAAGAAACAAGAUGGCUGCCGUCAGCCAUUAGCCAUGAGAAGUUCUGCUUGUCAGUUGAAAGACGGAGGCUUGACGGCUCGUUUCAUUUAUUAUUUGCACAAGGUCGUGGAGCGAGUGACCUGCGGAGGAACACAGCGCAGUACAUAUGUCAGGGCUAAUAUGUAAUAUGUUAAAGGGCAACAGAACAAGUCAAAGGUUGUCAGAUCAUAACUGUAUAAAUUGAUUGCUUUAGGGAGGUUUUGGGUGGGGUUAAUGAAAGAUCAAUUACUUACUGAUUAGGUUUCUUUCAGUUUUUUUUUUCUUAGACCACAUUCCAUUGACAGGAAUAUUUGGAGAAUACGAAAUGUAUGAAAUGUUAGAGACUGGUAUUCUUUAAGGGCUAUAUAAUGACAGUGUCCGAAAUCUGGCUUGCCUACUACUUACAGUGCAUUCGGAAAGUAUUCAUACCCCUUGACUUUUACCACAUUUUGUUACGUUACAGCCUUAUUCUAAAAUGUGUUAGAUAGUUUUUUCCCCUCAUCAAUCUACACACAAUACCCCAUAAUGACAAAGCAAAAACUGGUUUUUAGAAAUGUUUGCAAAUGUAUUAAAGAUAAAAAACUGAAAUAUCACAUAAGUACUCAGUACUUUGUUGAAGCACCUUUGACCGCGAUUACAGCCUGGCGUCUUCUUGGGUAUGAUGCUUGGCACACCUGUAUUUGGGGAGUUUCUCCCAAUCUUUUCUGCAGAUCCUCUCAAGCUCUGUCAGGUUGGAUGGGGAGCAUCGCUACACAGCUAUUUUCAGGUCUCUCCAGAGAUGUUAGACCGGGUUCAAGUCCGGGCUCUGACUGGGCUACUCAAGGACAUUCAGAGACUUGUCCCGAAGCCACUCCUGCGUUGUCUUGUCUGCGUGCUUAGGGUCCUGAGUGCUCUGGAGCAGGUUUUCAUCAAGGAUCUCUCUGUACUUUGCUCCUUUCAUCUUUCCCUCGAUCCUGACUAGUCUCCCAGUCCCUGCCGCUGAAAUUCACGCUUCCUUCUAUUAAGGCAAGUCAUUCAGGUCCUGAGGCAGCAAAGCAUCCCCAAACCGUCACACUACCACCACCAUGCUUGACCGUUGGUAUACGUUUCUUACUGUGGAAUGUAGUGUUUGGUUUUUGCAAGGCAUAAUGUCGUCCAAAAAGUUAUACUUUUGACUAAUCUGUCCAUAAAACAUUCUUUCAAAAGGCUUGAUGAUCAUCCAGGUGCUUUUUGGCAAACUUGAGUCCACCUUUUGGAUGAGAUGGGUCCCAUUAUGUCUGGCGAAAACCAAACAUUGCAUUCCACAGUAAGAACCUCAUACCAAUGGUCAAGCAUGGUGGGGGUAGUGUGAUGCUUUGGUUGAUGCUUUGCUGCCUCAGGACCUGGACGACUUGCCUUAAUAAAAGGAACCAUGAAUUCUGCUCUGUAUCAGAGAAUUCUACAGGAUAAUGUCAGGCCAUCCGUCUGUGAGCUGAAGCUGAAGCGCAGCUGGGUCAUGCAGCAAGACAAUGAUCCAAAACACACAAUCAAGUCUACAUGAAAAUGGUUAAAAAGCUACAAAUUGGAAGUUUUGGAAUGGCCUAGUCAAAGUCCAAACCUAAUCCCAAUUGAGAUGUGGCAGGACUUGAAAUGAGCAGUGCAUGCGUGAAAACCCACAAAUGCCACUGAGUUAAAGAAGUUCUGCAUGCAAGAGUGGGCCAAAAUUCCUCCACAGCGAUGUGAGAGACUGAUCACCAACUACAGGAAGCAUUUGGUUGCAGUCAUUGCAGCUAAAGGUGGCACAACCAGUUAUUGAGUGUAAGGGGCAAUUACUUUUGAACACAGGGGAAUUGGGCGUUGCAUAACUUUGUUAAGUUCCCUUUAUCUAAUAUUAGGUUUUGGUUGAAGAUCUGAUAACAUUCAGUAUCAACAUAAUGCAAAAAUUUAGAAAAUCAGAAAGAGGGCAAAUUCUAUUUCGCGGCACUGUAAACUGCAUACUGUGUAGUGAAAACCCACAAAGUCACUCACCAAAGUCACUCACCACCUUCCGGAGACAUUUGAAACCCCACCUCUUUAAGGAAUACCUGGGAUAGGAUAAAGCAAUCCUUCUACCCCCCCCCCCCCCCCACACACACAGCGGAGUCGCGCACCACCUUCCGGAGACAUUUGAAACCCCACCUCUUUAAGGAAUACCUGGGAUAGGAUAAAGUAAUCCUUCUACCCCCCCCCCCCCCCCCCCCCCCCACACAGCGGAGUCGCUCACCACCUUCCGGAGACAUUUGAAACCCCACCUCUUUAAGGAAUACCUGGGAUAGGAUAAAGUAAUCCUUCUACCCCCCCCCCCCCCCCCACCCACCCCACAGCGGAGUCACUCACCACCUUCCGGAGACAUUUGAAACCCCACCUCUUUAAGGAAUACCUGGGAUAGGAUAAAGUAAUCCCCCCCCCCCCCCCCCCCCAAAAAAAAAAAAAUUAUAAUUGUAAAGUGGUUAUCCCACUGGCUAUAGGGUGAAUGCAUCAAUUUGUGAGUCGCUCUGGACUAGAGCGUCUGCUAAAUGACGUAAAUGUGCCCUUGAGCAAGGCACUUAACCCUAAUUUGCUCCUGUAAGUCGCUCUGGAUAAGAGCGUCUGCUAAAUGACUAAAAUGUAAAUGUAAAUGUAAAAUGUGUAGUAAUCGUACUACAUACUAUUUAGAAUGUACUGUUUAGUAAAUACUAAUACAGUAAAAAACAAAUAUCAGCAUACUAACCUUAUCCUAUUGAGCUAAUGCGCAAUUGCGUUGAUUCCCACCAUUCAAUCAUUUUGGUACAACGCAUCCCCUCACCUGUUUAUAAGCUGUUGUCAGACACACGUGGGUCUCGAAAGAUGAUUAUCUUCCUAUUUUCAAAAGGGGAGUUGGCUAGGUCAAAAGCAACUCUCGAACCUCAGGAGAGUUAUUUUUCACUUUUGAAAGCUAUAAUUUUCUUGUUUUUCCUUGUCCUUGGUACACUGGGUUCCCCCUGCGAAUGUAGAGGGGGCCAUUGUGCGUCAGUGGCGGGGAUGUCAGGGCGGUAACGAUAUCACGCUAUCACACUCAACCACGGCCCCACUUCACUGAUCAGACUGGGAGUCUCUCACCCUCAAUGGGUCGAUUAGAGCAGAGGCUAGAAAAAUGGAGAGUUGUGAAUGAAUUGCAAUCCUGAUAUGCCUGUAGACUACACAAGGGGUAGAGUGGAGGGUAUUGGAAAGGGCAACUUGGGAUCUUAGCCCAAAUACACUGAGAUUGCUGGCUGUAGAGUCCCAUUUUCUGUUUGACUUUGUGAUGAUUUGAUGGGUAGUACCGACUCAGGGAGUCUGUUGGUAUGUCCUUGAAGUAAGUGGGGUGAGACUGUGAAGCUAGACAAGAGGCAAGAUACAAUGAGAGUCAAUGACACUUUUAUAUUGAAUACAGAUUUUUCCCACUCAGUACAUUACUCUAUUCUUUUCACUAGGUACCAUAUGGAGGACACCUGUGCAAAGUAGGUGAAUAAUUAUGAUGACAUUUAAUUCAGCCAUCAAGCUGCCUCUUUCCCUACAACAUUCAAUGGGCAAUGAGCAGAUAGUUGUAUGGUAGCUUGACGUUUUGAAUAACUACCUGAACAAAUACUGAAUUAAAUGAUUUGUUCUUAUUGUGUUUAAAAGGAGGUAAAUAAGUAACACCUGAUUUGGAAUGACUCCUUGUUUUGAUUGUGACCCAAGGCCACUCCCCACCUGCAUGACAAUAAGGAGUUCGCUAGUCUUACAAUUGUCAGGGACUUUUCAUGAAACUACUAUUGUUGAACACUUAGACAACACAUUCAUCACAGGCCUUCAAAGGCCUUCAGAGAUGCACUUUGCUACUUUUGAACAAACGCCAAAGGGGAGCAUCUCCCCCCUACUUCCGAACCGAUGUCAUCACCCAAUGAGUCGUGUCACCUCCGUCUUCAGGGAGAGAUUACGGACUGACAGAUCUCCUGUCUCAUCUCCGUCUUCAGGGAGAGAUUACGGACUGACAGAUCUCCUGUCUCAUCUCCCAGCUGUAGACACCUAGUCCAGACUGAUGAGUAGCGCUCAGAGGGCUGUAACCCCAGCCGGGCCUCUACGCACCACCCAAAAUACAAUCUUGGAGUCGAAAAGUACACAUUUCGGACAGCAGUGUGGGUGUAUCCCCCAAGUGCCAUUCUCUGACUCUCUCAAUCCCAAGUAACACUCCCAAGUGACUCUCAAUGAUCUGGUCUCAGUAAUUGUCAAAGAAGAUAGAGGUUGAAGUGUUAGAAGUGGCAUACAGAUGUGUACUAUCUUAAAUUGACCAGUUUCUCACAGCAUGAAAAUAAUCCUGCAGCAACAGGGAAGGUGAAUUAUAAUGUGGAUUUCAGUUAAUGGAAAUUUUUGUAGGUGUUGAUAAAUGUUUCUUUAAGGCAAAUAGUUUGAAAUUUCAAGUGGAAAUUGCAAACUUUAGAACCCUUUUUAAACCUCGAAUACACUACAAUUAGCAUUUUAUACUGCGCAGGAAAAUGAUCUGCGACAACAGAGUGAUCAAAUUAAUAUAGCACAUCUAUAUUGACUUUGGACUUGUUGAGAGGUAUUGUCAGUGUUGGAUGACUCAGAUUGUCGUAGGCCAUGGGAAGUGAGAGCUAUGAUGCAGUUUAACAAGUAAUGCAGGAGGUCAAAUCUGCCAUUCUUAAACUGCCGCAGUGAACUUUGUUUGCCAGACAUCUGCCUAAGAACCAGUCCCAAACUGGAAACAUUCAGAGAGUCCUUUUGACACUACUCCGAGCAUGAUCGAGAAGCUCAAACAAGCUGCAUAUGUCAAAUAAUGAUCGCAAGGAGGAGUUUCAGUCUCAGAUUGAGCGUUUUUUAGAGAGACUACCCACUGGGCACACACUGGUUGAAUCAAUGUUGUUUCCACGUCAUUUCAAUGAAAUUACAUUGAACCGAUGUGAAAUAUAGAUGUUGAAUUGACGUCUAUGCCCAGUGGGAAGUGGCGAAUAGGAACGAAAGUAACACUUUUCAUUUUUUUCCCUAAUUACUCAGAGAUCGAUUGAGCUAAAGACACCAUAUUUUAUGACAAACAACUUAUACAUGUCCUCUACCGUUAGCAACUGUAAUUUCAUUUAUAGGGUAAAUUAGUUGAAAUUAAAUAGACAGAGAACAGAACUACAGCAACGUUACUUUUUUCUACCUGCCGGCAGGGCGGGAGUAACACAGCCUUGGGAAGGAAGUAACAGCUGGCAAGAAGUGCACAAUAUCUGUCUUAUCUCCAUGUUUCUGGUUUGUAAUGCUCAUUACUUUUAACAAAUGUACUAUCAGACAUAAUGUAAUGUUUGUGUCGAUUUGAAUAAUUAAUGCUAUAGGUUCAUAAUUUAUGAAAAUGAACCAUGCGUUAACAUCGCAAUGUUGUGCAACCACAAUAUUUUGCCUUACAAUAUGAAUCUGACUAAAAUGGAUCACAUAAUAGCUAUACUAACCAUCAUUUUCUUAUCUCACUUUAAUGGGAAUGUAGUAGGAUACAGUGGGGGAAAAAAGUAUUUAGUCAGCCACCAAUUGUGCAAGUUCUCCCACUUAAAAAGAUGAGAGAGGCCUGUCAUUUUCAUCAUAGGUACAUGUCAACUAUGACAGAUAAAUUGAGAAAAAAGAAUCCAGAAAAUCACAUUGUAGGAUUUUUUAUGAAUUUAUUUGCAAAUUAUGGUGGAAAAUAAGUAUUUGGUCACCUACAAACAAGCAAGAUUUCUGGCUCUCACAGACCUGUAACUGGCUCCUCUGUCCUCCACUCGUUACCUGUAUUAAUGGCACCUGUUUGAACUUGUUAUCAGUAUAAAAGACACCUGUCCACAACCUCAAACAGUCACACUCCCAACUCCACUAUGGCCAAGACCAAAGAGCUGUCAAAGGACACCAGAAACAAAAUUGUAGACCUGCACCAGGCUGGGAAGACUGAAUCUGCAAUAGGUAAGCAGCUUGGUUUGAAGAAAUCAACUGUGGGAGCAAUUAUUAGGAAAUGGGAGACAUACAAGACCACUGAUAAUCUCCCUCGAUCUGGGGCUCCACGCAAGAUCUCACCCCGUGGGGUAAAAAUGAUCACAAGAACGGUGAGCAAAAAUCCCAGAACCACACGGGGGGACCUAGUGAAUGACCUGCAGAGAGCUGGGACCAAAGUAACAAAGCCUACCAUCAGUAACACACUACGCCGCCAGGGACUCAAAUCCUGCAGUGCCAGACGUGUCCCCCUGCUUAAGCCAGUACAUGUCCAGGCCCGUCUGAAGUUUGCUAGAGUGCAUUUGGAUGAUCCAGAAGAGGAUUGGGAGAAUGUCAUAUGGUCAGAUGAAACCAAAAUAGAACUUUUUGGUCAAAACUCAACUCGUCGUGUUUGGAGGACAAAGAAUGCUGAGUUGCAUCCAAAGAACCCCAUACCUACUGUGAAGCAUGGGGGUGGAAACAUCAUGCUUUGGGGCUGUUUUUCUGCAAAGGGACCAGGACGACUGAUCCGCGUAAAGGAAAGAAUGAAUAUGGCCAUGUAUCGUGAGAUUUUGAGUGAAAACCUCCUUCCAUCAGCAAGGGCAUUGAAGAUGAAACGUGGCUGGGUCUUUCAGCAUGACAAUGAUCCCAAACACACCGCCCGGGCAACGAAGGAGUGGCUUCGUAAGAAGCAUUUCAAGGUCCUGGAGUCGCCUAGCCAGUCUCCAGAUCUCAACCCCAUAGAAAAUCGUUGGAGGGAGUUGAAAGUCCGUGUUGCCCAGCGACAGCCCCAAAACAUCACUGCUCUAGAGGAGAUCUGCAUGGAGGAAUGGGCCAAAAUACCAGCAACAGUGUGUGAAAACCUUGUGAAGACUUACAGAAAACGUUUGACCUGUGUCAUUGCCAACAAAGGGUAUAUAACAAAGUAUUGAGAAACUUUUGUUAUUGACCAAAUACUUAUUUUCCACCAUAAUUUGCAAAUGAAUUCAUAAAAAAUCCUACAAUGUGAUCUUCUGGAAUUUUUUGCCUCAUUUUGUCUGUCAUAGUUGACGUGUACCUAUGAUGAAAAUUACAGGCCUCUCUCAUCUUUUUAAGUGGGAGAACUUGCACAAUUGGUGGCUGCCUAAAUACUUUUUUCCCCACUGUAUGUUUUUCACCAUUUUCAAUGACUAUUCAUGCUUAAAUCAAAUCAAAUUUCAUUGGUCGCAUACACAUAUUUAGCAGAUGUUAUUGCGGGUGUAGCGAAAUACUUGUGUUUCUAGCUCCGACAGUGCAGCAAUAUACAACAAUACACACAAAUCUACUUCCGCCCUGUGUUACUUUCGUCCCGGCUCUCCCCUAUAAGCUUAAGCUUCAGAAGCUGCAGCCCUUCCUUACUCCCCGUCCUUGAUCUCAUUACAUGUCUAUAAAGAACCAGGUCUGCAUCCGAAAUGGCACCCUAUUCCCUAUAUAGUGCACUACUUUUCCAACAGGCAGCAACCCCCUAAGGAGUGAGGAAAGGGAACCAGUGGUGCCUUUACAGCUCUCACUUUUUAGUUUUUACUAGCCCUUUUUCUUGUUCUUUCCUUCCUAUCUAUAAAAGUUGUGGUGCCGGCUGGUCACGGCAGCCUAUAACUAUUUCCACGUGACAAACUUCUUCUGGAUGUUUGGGGAGGGCUGCUACCUGCAUACAGCCAUCGUGCUCACCUAUUCCACGGACAAGCUGCGCAAGUGGAUGUUCAUCUGCAUCGGGUGGUGUGAGUAGCCUACACUUAGUUAAUCAAAUGAAAGACGGAUAUGCGUUGAUUGAUUAAUUUGACUGAUCACAAAGAAUGUAAGUAAACUGUAACAGAGACAAUGUGUGAUGUUUUACAGGUAUCCCUCUUCCAAUCAUCAUUGCAUGGGCCAUUGGCAAGCUUUACUACGACAAUGAAAAGUAAGCACAUGUAUUUUUCUUUCUCAUUCUCUCUCGGUUUCUCUCUAUCUCUAUUAAUGUCCCUGUGGUAUCCAUUUGUCUUUGGAAUCAGGCAACAAUAUUGUCCGUGUCUAGCUCCUCUCAGGCCCAUCAGAGUGAAAAUUGCACUAGAUGAGAGAAGGAUGUCGCCCAAUCAUCUCCUUCAUUUUACUUUCUGCCAGGUCAUUAAACGAUCGAUUCAUCCUAAUUUUAAGGGAGUCUUGGUGCACCUGUAACCGAUAACUGCUCUGCAUACAGAAUAGCAGGUUGAUGUUUUUUGUCAUGAGUCUUGUCCUGGUGGCAGAACUGAGCGAUUUCCCCAAUCAACAGCUCUCUGCUGUCAAAGAUAUCACUCUGACUUAAAUGCUUAUUUUAUAGCAAGGCACUUCAUCGUAACUCAGUGACCUUGUGGUUAGAGUGUUGUGAGUUUGAUCCUCAGCCGAAUCAUACCAAAGACUAUAAAAAUGGGACCUGAUGCGUCUCUGCUUUGUGCUCAGCAUUAAGGAGAUUGCGGGUAGGGGUGCUGAGAGUGCUGCAGCACCCCCUGAAAAAAAAGAAUAUAUAAAAAAUAUAUAUUUGGAAAAAUAGUUUUUUUCACAAAAGUAGAGCACUGGGCCUUUAAUAGUCCUAUAUUAGCUGACCAAUAUAGCCAUCUGCAGCGUGGGUAAAAACGUAUUCCCCCGUCCGUCCGUCGAAGAAUAAUACAAUCGCAGCACCCCCACCCCCAAACUACUUCCCACUGCUAUGGGUAAGGCCCUGCGACAGACUAGUGUCCUGUCCGGGGGGGUGUACUUGUACAUCAAAAAAGCUGCCUCACGCUACAGAAACUGUCCCAGCUUAUGCAAGGCUACUUACUUAUUCCAUCAUAAACCUGACUUGAAAUAGCCUAAGCAAACAUACUCCACAUGCUUUCCUAUUCUCUGACAUUCUGCCCUCUAAUACAGUCAGACAACACGCAUGGUAGAGUUUAAAGUUCUUCACUCAACCAGCUGGUUGGCUGGGGGGCAUCAGUUUCAUUAGAGCUACACCAGGAAACUGACAGCCACUGUAUCACAUCAGAGGCUCCCGCUUACACAGGGGUUGCCGUGAUCUCCACCCUCCGAAAACAUGUCUCUCUCUCUCUCUCUCUCUCUCUCUCUCUCUCUCUCUCUCUCUCUCUCUCUCUCUCUCUCUCUGAUGCCAACAAGGUGAAGACAGAACAAAUGAAUAAUUCACUCUGAACUAAGUAUGUAGAAUUAGUGAAUCUGGAGCAUCUCAUACCCUGGGAGAACGUCUUCUUUUCCUUGUUUCAUCCCUUUGUUUUUACAGCAAAGUGGAUGUAAUUCCACAAAUGAUUUGUUUGAGGUGUUUUCUGCUGCUAGUGGGGGGUGCUGUACUUUACAAAGGCCUCUCUUAUUAUAUGCCAGUACUGGCUUUGAUAGGGUAAGCCCUCUCACCCACCUCUGAUAUCAAUUAAUGUGAUUGGCCGAGGCCCAUGCUCGUUUUAGUCAACUAUAAAAAAUUGUUGGCAAAGGUCCUGCAGUUGGCUUUGUCAUUGAAUAAAUUUGAUUGGUUGACCUUCUGACAUCGGCCAGUAUGAUUGGCUCAACUCUCUGUGUUCUAAAUUGCAGGUGCUGGUUUGGGAAGAAGGCAGGAGUGUACACAGAUUACAUCUACCAGGGCCCAAUGAUCCUGGUGUUGCUGGUAAGAUGGUGUUACACAAUUCUUUUCACAUUUCUCCAUAUUUCUCCUCCUAGUAUAGACAUUUAUAGACAUAGUGUUCUAGCCUUGUCCUUGUUAGGUUUUCCUACAUCCAUGACCAAGCUCUUCCCCUUUACACUUUCCCUCUAACUGCGUUUGUAUUUACAGCACCUCGCAGUUAGUAACACUGCCAAAAUAACAUUACUGUGCACUCAAGCGGAAACUGUGUUUCAAGGUCAAGUAAUUGCUUCAAAACAAACAAUAGAAAGGUCAUUGACAUUCAAUGGUGUGUGAACUUUAUACCGCAGCCUUCCAACGCACACAUUCACGCACAUACUGUAAUACCAUCAUGUGAAGCUAUUUGAACGACGUGACACCUACUACACAUAUGCAGAACUGACAGGGUAAUUUGGAAUGAAUAUGAUGUAUGAUGAAUAUGUAUGAAUAGUAUAUGAUCUGCAGCAUGCUAAACUGUAACUGUUUUAGCUCAGCUUGACAAUCUUAACACGUAUCCCCCUUAAGCAAGUUUAAAUAUGUGACUGUUUUUCUCAUGCCUUCUCCCUUCAUAACUCACCAGAUACUCACACAUAACGUUGGAACAUGAUUUAAAAUAUGAUAUAACCAGCUGGCAACAUUUUAAUGUAAACAAUUGAUUUUAUUGAUUUGCCCUUAAAACCUCAGCAGUCAAUCAUCCUAAGACCUCGCUCUGAAGCAUUACAUUUGCUUUUUUUUUACUCCUUGUUUUGCAGAUGGUUUUAAUUUGAUCAGAAUUAUGUUUGAGAGUUAUGUUUGUGAUGCAGUAUUCAUUGCACAUACAUCAGUCAAUACACUGUAUCAGCCCAUUAUCAGCCUGAAAACUUGAAACCCUGUGACACUCAUCUUUUCCCAUUGACAACAAUGUAUUGAGAAAACGUCAAACCUGUAACACUCAUCUUUUCGCUUUGGCUGCAAUGUAUUGAGAAAAACAUCAGCUACUGUGACAUUUACCUUUUUGCAAACUUCCAGGAUGACGUUUUCCUAUGAUAUCAUGUUGACUGUAUUGAAACACUGUCUAUGUAAAUUAGACACAAGCCCAAGUGUUUGUCUUUCCCAUGCAUCCCAGAUUUAACAGAUUUAUAAUCUAUACCACUCAGUAAAAAUGCAGAGAUUGCAAAAAAGUUUUUUAGAGACUUUAUUUGGCACCGGUCUCCUAGCAUCACUUAAAGCCCAAUACAGUUAUUUCCACCACAGACAAAGAUUGUUUUAUUAAAUGUUUCUCUCUCCUAUUUGACCAAUGUAAAUCUUCUCUGAAUUCUUAUUUUCCCUCUGUUCUCAGAUCAACUUUAUAUUCCUCUUCAACAUUGUGAGAAUCCUCAUGACAAAGCUGAGAGCCUCCACCACCUCAGAGACAAUACAGUACAGGUGAGCCAGGACCAAAUGGACCCCUAUUCCCUUAACAGUGCAUUACUUUUGACCAGGCCCCCAUAGGUAGUGCUAUACCUCCUUGGAUUUCUUCAAAUUUUAUUGUUUUACAAAGUGGGAAUAAAAUGUAUUUAAAUGUUCUUUUUUUGUCAACUAUCUACACAAAUUACUCUGUAAUGUCAAAUUGGAAGAAAGAGCUUUGCACACCUGUAUUGACAAUAUUUGGCCAUUUAUUAUUUUCAAAAUUCUUCAAGCGCUGUCAAGGUGUUGGAGAUCAUGGCUAGACAGCAAUUUUAAAGUCUUGCCAUAGAUUUUUAAGCAGAUUUAAGUCCAAACUGUAACUUGACCACUCAGGUACUUUCACUGUCUUCUUGGUAAGCAACUCUAGUGUAGAUUUGGCUUUGUGUUUUAGUCCUCCUAAAAGGUGAAUUCCUCUCCCAGUGUCUGGUGUAAAGCAGACUGAAGCAGGUGUUCCUCUAGGAUUUUGCCUGUGCUUAGCUCCAUCCCAGUCUUUGCCAAUGUCAAGCAUACCCAUACCAUGAUGCAGCCACCACCAUGCUUGAAAAUAAGUAAGCAGUUACUCAGUGAUGUGUUUUGCUGGAUUUUCUGCAAACAUAAAGCUUUGCAUUUAGGCCAAAAAGUGUAUUCCUUUGCUGUGUUUUUUUAAAUUCAGUAUUACUUUAGUGCCUUGUUGCAUACAUAUGCAUGUUUUGGAAUAUUUAUUUAAAUUCUGUAUUUGAAUUCUUCUUUUCACUCUGUCAUUUAGGUAAUUAUUGUAGAGUCAUUACAAUGUUGUUGAUCCAUCCUCCAUUUUCUCCCAUCACAGACAUUGAACUCUGUAGCUGUUUUAACAUCACCAAUGGCCUCAUGGUGACAUCCCUAAGCAGUUUCCUUCUUGUCCUGCAGCUCAGUUCAGAACGACGACUGCAUCUUUGAUGUGUCUGGGUGGUUUAAUACAUAAUCCACAACAUAACUAUUAACUUGACCAUGCUUAAAGAUAUAUUCAAUGUCUGAUUUGUUAUUGUUACCCAUCUACCAAUCAUUGCCUUUCUUUAUGAGGCUUUGAAAAGCUCCCUGGUCUUUGUAGUUGAAUAUGUGCUUGAAAUUCAAUACUUGACUGAGGGACCUUACAGAUGCUGUAUGCAUGGGGGACAGAAGAAGGGGUAGUCAUUACAAAAUCAUGUCAACCCCUAUUAGUCCAUAUAACUUAUUAUAUUAUUUAUUUAGCCAAAUUGUACUUCUGAACUAAUUUAGGCUUGCCUAAACAAAGGGGGUGAAUACUUAUGCAACGCCUAUAUUUUAAUUAUUACAUUUUUGUAAACUUGUAAACAUUUGUCGAAUUUUCUGAUCAAUGACAAAAAAGUACUAUUACAUCUGUUUCAAUCCCACUUUGUAACGCAACAAAAUGUGAAACAAGUUCAAGGGGGUGUAGACUUUCUAUAGGCACUGUAGGGAUUCUUGUGCCAUUUGGGAUGCAUCCAGGGUCGGCUGAGCCAGCCCCAGGUGUAAAGUAGACAUCAAUGGGCUGUUAAUUAAUACACUCCCAGGAAACAUCAAUGGCCUCGCUGGAAGUAACCUAAUGAUCAAUACCUGUCUGGUUGAAUUGCAAUAAUUGAUUGUUGUGGGGUGGGAGUGUGUGUGUGUGUGUGUGUGUGUUUGUGUGUGUGUGUGCUUGCGCAUGUGUGUGUUUCGCAUGUGUGUGUUUCACAUGUGUGUGUUCUGCGUGUGUGUGUGCUCACCCAUGCCUGUGCGCACCCAUGCAGAAAUCCUCACACCUUUCACAUAGAGCUACUGUACACCAGCACUAUAGAUUACCACAACCGGCUAACACAGCACACCAUGCUGACUAUUCACAAGCCAUAAUCAUAAUCAAGACACACCUUUUUAUUGGGACAGUAAGAUCAGAGUUUGACGGACUCCUUGUAUAAUGAAACCAGAGUGACAGACGCUGCAUGGGGUCAUCUGACUGGAAAACAGCCAAGCUAAUAUCCUCGCUCAUUAUUGUAAUUUAAUGGAGUCAUUUCUCAAUCACACCUCUGAUUUAGCAAAUUCAAUUUGGCCGCACUAAUGGGAUUAUAAAGGCUACAUUCGUUACCCUUCAGCCAGCUUUCACUCUGCGUCCCAAAUGGCACCUUAUUAACUAUAUAGUGCAGGGCCGGCCCUGGUCAAAAGUAGUGCACUAUGUAGAGAAAAGGGGUGCCAUUUUGGACGCAUGCUGUGAACUCGCACCCUUGAGCCUCAGCUAGUGCUCCUCUAUUGGACUGCUGGUCAGCACUUCACUUGUGAUUAAUAAUAUGCUGAUGGAUGAGAGGCCAGUAUGACCUAGAACAUGACCUAGUCAUCAUACAUUAACCCAUUGGUGGGCCAUAUAGCUGGUAUGCACCACAGCAAUGCACUUCCACUGGGAUUCCACUGGGAAAUGGAUGAAUUGAAAGAAUGUGUCAGUGUCAGAUUACUUUAGGCCAUGUUAGAAAUGGACAUUUGUGCUCAAUUCGCGUCAGCAGUACGGCGUUCAUGCUAGCUCUGACAGCGCUGGGUAACAUUUUCAGCAGCUGACAUCGGGGUCUCUCUGCAUGGAGGUGAUGGGCACAGCUGCCACACACUCAUGCACAGAUGUGAGAGCGCCAUGGGGCAGCCGAGGAUGACACGUGCACAGGCAUUCACACGGCAUUCACAUGGCAUACACACGGCAUUCAUGGCACGCGCACACACAGAAGCACAAAACAAGCACAAAACAAACACACAGCCACUGUCUCAUCAUAGCAAGUUUAAGAACAUAAAUAUGUUAACAGAACAAUUGAAUUGGGAGUUAUUUGUCUACCUGUUAUAGCGCUGUAAGGACUAUGGGGUUUUGCAAUAUGCAUGUGAACUGCUGCCAUGGUUUGAAUAUGUAAUCCCACACCCAGUGUGGAAUCAAAGUAUUGUAGGAACUUGACAAACAUUGUCACUACCCGAGGUAUGUCGAUACCAUUAAUCCAAACUACACACGCCAGUAUUGUGAGUGCUCUCAUGAAACAUAAAAUCACAGAACAGGAGAAAAAAAACUUGGCAGCCAUUAGCAAAGUAGUAUUGACUCACUAGUUGUCUGGCAGGUCUAUUUUAGGCAUCUAUCUGUGUCACUAGUAUGACUCUGCGUCUGUGUCUUAUUGACUCUCUAGUUGGCGGCCAGGUCUUUAUUUAAUAAUAUUACUCUUGUGUUACUGUGUGUCCAUCAGGAAAGCGGUGAAGGCCACUCUGGUGCUGCUGCCACUUCUGGGCAUCACCUACAUGCUAUUUUUUGUCAACCCAGGAGGAGAGGAUGAGGUCGCCCAAAUAGUCUUCAUCUACUUCAACUCCAUCCUGGAGUCUUUUCAGGUAUGCCCAGGCCCAAUAGAAAGUGUUAUAGAGGGUUUGAGAACUUGUUUGAUGCUGUAAACAUUCUGAAGCAUAUAACGAUAGCAAAAAAAAAUGUGGGUGUCAAGGUGUCACAAAAAAUUGAUGUAGUCUACAGUACAAUGUGGUGCUGCUCACACUGCUCAUCUUAUCUUCAAUGUUUAACACUCUCUCUCUCCUCCCCCUCUCCUCUCGCCGUCUCUUUCUCUCUGUGUUCCCCCCUCUCUUUCCCUCUGUCUCUGUCCUCCAGGGAUUUUUCGUGUCAGUGUUUUACUGCUUCCUGAACAGCGAGGUAAGCAGAUUCAUGUUUGUCCCAUGAUCCCCCACCGCUCACACUGUACCCGUAAUGUGUUUUUCUUUCAAAUCCGUCCCUCCCACUAUCCCUCCCUCCCACUAUCCCUCCCUCCCUCCAUCCCUCCUCUCAUUCCUACCAGGACUAUUGGAAAUAUGUCCACUUGGCACCAUUUCAUGCAGAGU